GGCGCUCUUGACGGCCCAGUCCGGCAGUUUUGACCUUGACCUGCUUCCAGUCCCACCCUCUCUUGCACCACCGUCACCAGUCUUUAUUGGUUCUGCAGCGAGCUCAUCACAGCUCAGGACUGUCCAUUCCCUUCAACUCGUUCGCAUCGAGGUCAGCCCAAGAACUUUCGUCAACACAACUCUCGCAACGCGCCAUAGCAGCAUGCAACUCCUCCCGCUCGCUCUCUAUGUCCUUUGUUGGACCGCCGCGGCAGCUUUGGCGCUGCCGCAGACAUCCUCAGCCUCAAUUACCUCAAGUUUAGCCAGCUACCUAAGCGCUUCUGCCACUGCAGCCGGCAGUAUCUCUGCAAAUGCGUCCUCAAGUGCGACACCCACGAGUUCGGCACAACUACCUAGCCUGAGUGGAUACUCGCCUUGCGGUUAGUGUAGAGUUUU